AUGGAGUGCAGGCUGAGCCAAGCUUCCUUGGCCACCGCUUUGGCGCAUCCGGAUGCCUGGGCUUUGGCAGCGCCGGUGGCGCUCUGGCGCAAGUUCUCGGAGGCAGAAGCGAGGGAAGGAGGGAAGUUCUGCACGGCCAGGUUCUGGCAGCAGGCACGAUGGCGGAAGCGUCGCGGGUUGGAGGGGGUGCCGGAGGGCGUGACGGAUCCCUUCAACGACAGCAACAGCAUCAACUUCGUUCCGCCCAACUGUCACGGUCCGCUGGCCGCGUCGGCGGGGAUUCUGCUGGUGUGGUCUCUGCACCUCCUGCGGCAAGCCUUGGCCAAUGUCUUUCGCGUCACCCCGAGCUUCUUCCUCCUCUUCGCCCUGGCGGCCUGGGGCCUGUGCGGCGCGCGGCUGGCGCCGCUGUGGCGCCUCAGCGCGCCGCUGCCGUGGCUGGCGCUGGGCCGCGCGCUGGGCUGCAGCGCCAUCUGCGGGGCGCUGGGCGCCGCAAGCGGCGCGAAGCGCGGGGAAUGCGCGCCGCUGGCGCUGUUGACGGGGGUGCAGUGGCUGCUGCUGGGGGCCUCCUCCGUGGCCACAGACCAGGCGCUGCACUACGGGCUCUUUUUGUGCGGAGCGGUGUGCGGCCUCGUGGCGCAGCGGUCCCUGGAGGCGCUGCUUCCACGGCGCGCCACGUCGCCGGCGGUCGUGGACCGCUUGGUGAUGGUGCUGGCGCUCAACUGGAGCAUGAGCCUGACAACCACGGGCCUGUGGUUCCUCACCGAGACUCUGGGCGCGGCGGGUCUCCAUGUUGGCUUCCUGCGGAUGAGUGCCUGCAAGUACUUGAGCCUGAACUGUGCUCUCGACUUGCUUUGGGUGGUGGGAUGCGGGCACCUGCUGCUGAAGAAGGAGAAACCGGAGCUGCUGAAAGAGAUGAGCGCCUGA